AUGGGUGAACCGCCGCUCCGGCCGCGGUCGUCGCGUCUGGGCAACGCCGAUCGGCGUCCCGGCGGCAACGCGCGGAAGGGCCGCUAUGAAAUCACCGGUCUCGACGCCGACGCGUUCGCGCGUCGCACGCAGUUUCUGCGUGAGACGUACCUGGACCCCAAGACACGGCAUGCCUACCAGUGGACCGGCAACGAGAAGAAGAUGCUGGCGCUCGACUGGUUCCACAACCCCGGCCUGUACAACGAGUGGCGCCCGAGCGAGACCGAGGACAUGGCGAGCCGGCUGUACUCUAACCUGAUCUUCAACUACAGCCACGUGGCCAUGGUGAACGUGGGCUCGACUGUGACCAUCUGCCGUCUGAUAAACGAGUUCGUGGACAUCUACGGCAACUACCAGCUGAUGUUCAUGGUGGUGCGGACCGAGACCGGGGAGCUUGAGCCGCAGGACUCGCUGCGCGUGGGCCUGGUGUGGCGCGGGGAGCAGUCGUCCAAGACGAUCGAGGGCAAGGAGGCGCUGCUGUACAGCGCGCCCAAGAGCGAGGACUUCCAGUGGCUCGCGGAGGGCAUCAGCUUCAACCUGCACUCGUUUUCGUCCGACGAGUUCGGGUGCUUCGAGACGUGCGAUAAGUGCCAGAACCGGAAGGUUGAGCCGCGCACGAAGCUGUGCCUGCCCGAGAUUUUCUUCAAGGCGCACGUGGCCGGCCUGGAGAUAACGUCCGCCAUCGUGGACAGCCGCCGCAACUACCUCGCGACCGUGCAGAAGGUGGACGGCACCGUGCACAUCAUCGACAUCACGAAGGUGCUGCAGGUGACCCUGGAGGUGGUGCACAAGUGGAAGACGGUGCACGAGGAGUACGUGCGUAGCUUCCGCGAGCUGAAGAACAGGCUUGAGGGCGGCCCCGUCAGCGGCGGAAGCGCUGAGGGCGGCGACGCGGCCGCUCCGCCGGAGAAGCCUCAGCGCCCCAGGGGCCACUCCGCCAGCGCGAAGGCGGUGAAGCACUGCACCGCCUGCCUGCUCAACGAAGAGCAGCUGAAGACGCUGGACGCGCUCCGUCAGCAGACCAUGGAGUUCAAGCUGCCGUACGAGCCCAUCAAGUGCGUGGGUCUCGACGUCGCCGCGCAGCCGCACAAGGGCGUGCCGUUCCGGCGCAUCUCGAACGAGACGUGCCUCACGUACAUCUACUCGUCCAUCGAGAACCUGAAGGUUGUGGUGCCGGUGUACGUCGCGGCCGUCGGCGGCAGCCGCAUCUGCGUGUGGCGCAUCGGCGACGUGAACGACGGCGGCACCCGGGAGCCGUUCAUGCAGCUGGACUUCCCCGAGGGCUGCAGGCCCACCGACGUGACCGCGACGCUGGGUAUCGCUAAGGACUACCUCGGCCUGGUCGGCGACAAGUUCGCGCACGAGCCGCUGAUCUACGCCACGGACGACUGCGGGUACCUCCGGCUGUGGACGCUGGGCGUCAGCCAGUGCGAGGCUUCGGUGCAGGUGGACACCAACGCGCUGCUGUCCGUGGACGUGAACCGCAUGUACCCGAACAUGGUUGUGAUUGGCGUGGAGACUGGCAAGAUUAAGAUCUACAACGUGUGGAAGCAGUGCAUGGGCGUGAGCGGGACUCCGCCGGAGAUCGACUUCGUGCGCAUGACCACUAUCCCCAGCUACCUGCCCAACGAGGUCUACGAGUACCUGCGGUGGUACCACCCCGUGGUGAAGGUGAAGUGGGUGAACGACACUCUGGUGAUGGCGCAGUACGCCGAGCCGCUGUUCGCCCGCGAGUCCGCCAACGCUUCCACCGUGGCCAUCUGGAACAUGGCGAAGGACAUUUUCGAUCGCAACGACGCCAUCCUGUGCCACCGCACGUGGUCGCAGGACCUGUCCUACUCGUGGCACCUCGCUGCGCGUCUGGUGUGCCUGUACGGCGGGCACUACGCCAGCCUGGGCGGCGUGGUCUCGUCGGACUGCCGUUGGUCGAGCGAGCACGGCAUCAUCGCAAUAAGCACCGACGCGACCGGCCAGAUGCACGUGUACAAGCCCGGCGUGUGGACGUGGUCGGAUUACGACGACGCGCUGUGCCUGGCCAGGUUCAAGGGUGACGCCGACUUCCACUGCAAGAUCCUGGACAAGGUCACGAAGGAGCACGAGAACCUCAUGAAGCGCAACGCCAGCGACGCGAUGGCGUCCGCGGACCUGCGCAAGAACCGCGCGAAGUUCAGCGACUUCAUGGAGAUCGCGCUGCGUGAGCUGGAGCUGAUCCGUUCCGACAAGGCGCUCAAGAACGACUUCGCGAGCCUGCCUACGUGGCUGAAGCGCACCCUCAAGCUCAACACUGACUGCGAGCGGCUGCUGAAGCAGAUCCAGAAGAAUCUGCGCGACCGCGAGAUCACCGAGCACAACACCUCCGGCAACCGGGUCGAGCGUUGA